AUGGCCGCCAACAACAUGGUCAACCCCGCCGUCAACCCGGACGUUGAGGACGAGCUCUUCGCCAAGGAGGUCGCGCAGGUCAAGAGCUGGUGGGCCGAUUCUCGCUGGAGAUACACCAAGCGGCCCUUCACCGCGGAGCAGAUUGUCUCCAAGAGGGGCCAUCUCAAGAUCGAGUACCCCAGCAACGCGCAGGCCAAGAAGCUGUGGAACAUCCUCGAGGCCCGAUUCAAGAACAAGGACGCCUCCUACACCUACGGCUGCUUGGAGCCCACCAUGGUGACGCAGAUGGCCAAGUACCUCGACACCGUCUACGUGUCCGGCUGGCAGUCUUCCUCGACGGCGUCGGCGUCGGACGAGCCGGGGCCCGACCUCGCCGACUACCCAUAUACCACGGUGCCCAACAAGGUGGGCCACCUCUUCAUGGCGCAGCUCUUCCACGACCGCAAGCAGCGCCAGGAGCGGCUGAGCACGCCGCGGGCCCAGCGCGGCCAGGUCGCCAACGUCGACUACCUGCGCCCCAUCAUCGCCGACGCCGACACGGGCCACGGCGGGCUGACGGCCGUCAUGAAGCUCACCAAGCUGUUUGUCGAGAAGGGCGCCGCGGGCAUCCACAUUGAGGACCAGGCGCCCGGGACCAAGAAGUGCGGCCACAUGGCGGGCAAGGUGCUGGUGCCCAUCAGCGAGCACAUCAGCCGGCUGGUCGCGAUCCGCGCGCAGGCCGACAUCAUGGGCACGGACCUCAUCGCGGUGGCGCGGACCGACGCCGAGGCGGCGACGCUCAUCACGACCACCAUCGACCCCCGCGACCACCCCUUCAUCCUGGGGUCGACCAACCCGUCGCUCCGGCCGCUCAACGAGCUCAUGGCGGCAGCGGAGCGGGCAGGCAAGACGGGCGCGGCGCUCCAGCAAAUCGAGGACGAGUGGCUCUCGUCGGCGCGGCUGAUGCGCUUCGACGACGCGGCGCCGCGCACGCGCGAGGGCUACUACCGCCUCCGCGGCGGCUGCGACUGCGCCGUCGCCCGCGCCGUCGCCUACGCGCCCUACUGCGACGCCGUCUGGAUGGAGAGCAAGCUCCCCGACUUCGCGCAGGCAAAGGAGUUCGCCGACGGCGUCCACGCCGCCUGGCCCGACCAGAAGCUCGCCUACAACCUCAGCCCCUCGUUCAACUGGAAGGCCGCCAUGCCGCGCGACCAGCAGGAGACGUACAUCCGGCGCCUCGCCGCCCUCGGCUACUGCUGGCAGUUCAUCACCCUCGCCGGCCUGCACACCACCGCCCUCAUCAGCGACCAGUUCGCCCGCGCCUACGCCGCCCACGGCAUGCGCGCCUACGGCGAGCUCGUCCAGGAGCCCGAGAUGGACGGCCGCGUCGACGUCGUCAAGCACCAGAAGUGGAGCGGCGCCGCCUACGUCGACGAGCUGCAGAAGAUGGUCACCGGCGGCGUGAGCUCCACCGCCGCCAUGGGCAAGGGCGUCACCGAGGACCAGUUCCAUUGA